AGUCAUUCAGUAAUCAACAAAUAUAUUCAUAUGAAACCCAAAAUAAAAUAAAAUAAACACUUUUCAAGAAAAAAAUAAAAUACUGAGUACUAAACUGGAAACCCUUUAUAAGCAAAAAGACCAAAAGUUAAAAGUUAAUUAAGAUUUGGUUUAAGGCGCUUUGCUUUAUUAGAGAGGAAGGAACGAACCAUCAUAGAAAUCUCUCCUUCGUUCAAGUUUUUCUCUACUGUGUUGGUUGAGCAAUCGAGUGAUGGUUAUUGCGGUGGCGACGACGAGCUCCAUUGUUUCCGGAAUCAAGCUUUCAGGGAUCUUAACUUCGUUCAACGCCGUAGAUGAUGCGUCCAGUAGUUGCGGAAGAAGCAACUUGACCGGAGUUAGAAUUUUUCCGACAUUGAGUCGGCGACGAUUCUCAUCGAUCGGAGCUGUUUCCCCAAUUCGUGGGGAUGCUCAAUCUUCCUUUAGUCGCAGCUCUUUCGCUUGCUCUCAGAAUCUCGGUUUGAGCGGUGGAUUUAGUGCAGCUGAAGCUCUGCCACCUGCUUGUGCAAAUGCUAGCCCUUCUUCCAUUAAAUCUUUCAACCAGUUGAUUGAAACCUUGAUUGAUCGGGUUGAUCUAUCUGAAACUGAGGCUGAAUCAUCUCUUGAGUUUUUGCUGAAUGAGGCAAACGAGGCGCUGAUCAGUGCCUUUCUAGUUCUUCUGAGAGCUAAAGGAGAGACAUACGAAGAGAUUGUGGGGUUAGCUAGGGCAAUGAUGAAGCAUGCCAGGAAAGUGGAAGGAUUAGUUGAUGCUGUGGACAUAGUUGGAACAGGUGGUGAUGGAGCAAACACAGUCAAUAUAUCAACUGGAUCUUCAAUACUUGCUGCAGCUUGUGGUGCAAAAGUAGCAAAGCAAGGGAAUCGUUCAAGUUCUUCUGCUUGUGGAAGUGCUGAUGUACUAGAGGCACUAGGAGUGGUUCUGGACUUGGGACCAGAGGGCAUUAAAAGAUGUGUUGAAGAAGGGGGGAUCGGUUUUAUGAUGUCACCAAUGUAUCAUCCAGCUAUGAAGAUCGUUGGUCCUGUUCGGAAAAAGCUUAAAAUUAAAACUGUUUUUAACAUAUUGGGACCUAUGCUUAAUCCUGCUAGAGUUUCUUAUGCUGUCGUUGGUGUAUACCACAAAGAUCUGGUUGUUAAGAUGGCAAAGGCACUGCAACGAUUUGGAAUGAAAAGAGCACUGGUGGUUCAUUCAUGUGGUCUAGACGAAAUGAGUCCGUUAGGAGGAGGACUAGUUUAUGAUGUAACUCCGGAAAAGAUCGAAGAAUUCUCAUUCGACCCAUUGGACUUUGGUAUUCCUCGUUGUACUCUUGAGGAUUUGCGAGGUGGAGGUCCAGACUACAAUGCGGAUGUGCUAAGACGUGUGCUUUCAGGGGAAAGUGGAGCAAUUGCGGAUUCAUUGAUCCUAAACGCAGCUGCAGCUCUUCUGGUUAGCAACCGAGUUCAAACGCUAGCUGAAGGAGUAACCGUGGCACGUGAAGUACAAUCGUCUGGGAAAGCUAUCAAGACGCUUGAUUCUUGGAUAAACAUCUCAAACUUAGCUCAGAAAUCUCAGUGACCAGAAGAGGCUUAUGAUAUUGUUGUAUUCAACGGAUCACCUUUGCAAGCAAUUGUAGAUGAAGAUGGAGGCAAUGUGCCAAAGGAAGAAGCUGGAGUUAUUUGUAACUUAAGUUUUCUUUGUCAAACAAUAAAGAGAAGAGACCGGAGCGAGCUCUAUACACAUUCAUCAUGUAAACACUACAACAAUAAUCUUUAAUAAAAUGAAUAAAUCUGUUUUACUCAAACGGAGUUCAGAUUCAUCAUUGGGAUACAAAUCAAACCUAAGUAGUAAGUAGAAAAACAAAAUUAUAAAAUUAGUCCUAACAUUGAAUCACAGACCAUAAUCUUGUUCCGAAGUUCUUCACUAAUUCUGCAACUACACCUAAAAUAUCAUCAUCGUCAUGGUGUCUAUUCUUUGGAGACUUUCACACGCAUCUCUGUCGGUUUGAUGAGCUUGAACGUACAAACAUCUCCGACCAGUAAACCUAACUCCUUGGCCAAACGACUCCAUCCACCAGAGAAUCUUGAUUGUACAUCAG